AUGAAGAUGAAGUCAAGGGUCUCUGUGGACUUCACAAAGAGUAUACGGAUAACCGCAAUGAGCUGAAGAGGAAAAUGUAUCCAUGGAUGGUGUUUAUUUCUACUCAGGCUGACGGUCACUCGAAGAAAUGUAUGGGCUCUCUGGUGACGCCUGAGUUCGUCCUGACUGCUGCUCACUGCGUGUUUGGUUUUUUGCCUGAAAAAGUCACUGUUGAAAUUGAUGAUGGAGAUAACAGAAUUAAAAAAGCAAAAACUUUAUUUUAUCAUCCACUCUACAAUGUUACUGCCAAAAAGGAUAAAGGCAUUAACGAGUUUUAUGACUAUGAUGUGGCUCUGAUCCAACUGGAGAAAUAUGUUGUCAUAUCCACUGACGUGAGGCCCAUUUGCAUACCUUGCACCCGGGAGACCAAUGCUGCUCUACAUUUGGUGGACCAGAGCUGUGAGUCACAAGGUGUGAUAACUUUGUCUGUAUGCUGUAUAGCUUCAUCAUAGAGCCAAGUCUGUAAAAACAACA